GAAUGCUCUGUAUUUAUACUCUGUUUACUAUUUUCAUUUGCCGAAGCAUUCCAUCACUCACCUUAGAAAUGGUCUAAUUUGUUCUCUGGAGUCUCCGUAAGAAACCAUGCUUGAAUCAGGUAAAUUGUAAAAUGGCGGAAGGUCGUGAAUGGAUGUAUAAUCGUAUUAGUCGGACUUCAGGUAAUAUAAAUUUAGAGUUUGUAGAAGGUGUAAAUCAUUUUUUGGACUACGCUUUUACAAUAGCUCAACGGAAUGGAGAAAGUAUGGUGAAAUGUCCAUGUACAAAGUGCAAACUAAGAAAGUACUUCGAUAGAGGUAUAAUUAAAACACAUUUGUGCAAGAAUGGGUUUAGAGAACAGUAUUAUAUAUGGGAUUGCCAUGGGGAAGAACGUCCUAUCAAUCCCAUUAUUUAUCGAGGGUAUACGCCAAUUAAUGUGGACUCCUUUGAAAGCACAACAACCAUUGAUAAUUAUGAUGAGCAAAAUCACGUUUUAGGAUGUACACAAAUGGUUAGGGAGGUUAUGCAUCCAUUAUAUAUUGGUUCUGCAAAUGAUGAAAAUGAUUUUAAUACAUUUGGGUUGGAUGACGAUGAAGAAACUCGUUUUGAGACUAACGAGAUUCAAAACCCAAAUAAGAAUGCAGAGGAGUUUUACAAGCUGUUGGAAGAUGCAUCUGCUCCAUUAUAUGAUGGUUGCACUAGUCAUACUCGACUAUCUGUGGUGGCUGAACUUUUAAGUGUUAAGAGUCAGUAUAACAUGUCUGAUGCAUGCUAUGAUAAAGUAGCUUCAAUUGUUGAACGGAUUGUGCCUGGUGAUAACCAUUUGCCAAAAAGCUUUUAUCAGUCUAAAAAGAUGAUCCAUGGAUUGGGGCUACCAUAUUUCAAAAUAGAUGCCUGUGAAAAUAAUUGCAUGCUAUUUGAUGGCAAUGAUAAAGAUCUGAUGUACUGCAAAGUUUGUGGUGUGUGUAGAUACCAAGAGGGUUCUAUAGAUCGAGGAGGUAAAAUGAAACCAAUUUCAAAAAAAGUUUUGCGUUAUCUACCCAUAACAGAGCGGUUGAAGCGCAUGUAUAUGUCCUCUAAAACAUCAGAGUUUAUGACUUGGCAUAUGCGAGGUGGUUCUGGCGAUGGUAGUACUAUUUCACAUCCUUGUCAAUCAGAGGCAUGGAAACAUGUUGAUCAAACAUUUCCGGAUUUUGCUAUUGAGUCCAGAAAUGUGCGUUUAGGUCUAUGCACAGAUGGAUUCAAUCCAAACUCUGAUUUCAGCAACCCGUACUCUAUUUGGCCUGUGUUCAUUGCCGUGUACAAUUUACCUCCUGAACUUUGCAUGAAAGAGCCAUAUAUUUUCAUGGCCAUGCUAAUACCUGGUCCUCGGUCCCCUGGAAGGAACAUUGACGUUUUCUUAAGGCCACUUAUCGAUGAGCUAAAUAUGCUAUGGAAUGUUGGGGUUGAAACGUGGGAUGCAUUUCGAAAACAAAAUUUCGUUAUGAGAGCAUGCCUUAUAUGGACAAUAAGUGAUUUUCCAGCAUAUGGAAUGUUAUCAGGAUGGAGUACCCAUGGUAGAUUAGCAUGUCCAUACUGUUUGGGUGAAGGAGUUGCCCAACAACUUAAGUUCGGAAAGAAGCCGUGUUGGUGGGGUUGUCACAGGAGGUUUCUAAGAGCACAACAUGGUUUUCGUCGUGAUUCACAGUCAUGGGGGGUAUUUGGUGCUGAACGUCGUAGACCUUGUCCGAUUGUUUCAGGUGCUGAAAUAUUGAGAAACAUUGAGAGUAUUAGUUUUCCACCAUUUGGGUCACAAUAUGAUAACUUGCGUGCAGAUGGAUUCGGUAAAACUCACAAUUGGAUUAAAAAAUCUAUUUUUUGGGAUCUGCCUUAUUGGAAGGAUUUACUUGUUCGACAUAAUCCUGAUGUCAUGCAUAUAGAGAAGAACUGCUUUGAUAAUGUCUUCAACACAGUUAUGGAUGUCAAGGGGAGAACAAAGGAUAAUUCUAAUUCGAGACGUGAUAUGGAACUUCUGAGUAUCCGGAAGGAGUUGCACUUGUAUCAACGCAAUAUGAUCAUGUAUCAACCAAAAGCAAGUUAUGUGUUAGAUAAGGCAGGUGUUAUCAACAUAUGUAAUUGGUUGAGGGAAGAGGUGAAACUUCCUGAUGGAUAUUCAUCAAACAUUGGACAUUGUGUUAAUACAACUAACAACACAUUUUAUAGCAUGAAGAGUCAUGAUUGUCAUGUGUUUAUGCAACGUUUACUUCCGAUCGCAUUGCGUGGUUAUCUUCAACCACCUCUAUGGACAGCAAUAUCUGAGUUUUGCAAAUUUUUCAGGAUAAUCUGUGCAAAGAAACUGUGUAUUGCAGACAUUGAGAAACUGCAAGAUGCAAUUGCAGUCACACUAUGUAAACUAGAAAAGGUUUUUCCUCCUAGUUUCUUUGACUCAAUGGAGCAUUUGACAGUACAUCUACCAUGGGAGUUGAAGAUUUGUGGACCCGUGCACUAUCGUUGGAUGUAUCCUUUUGAGCGUCUGAUGAAAAAGUUAAAGGAAAAAGCAAAAAAUAAACAAUUUCUCGAGGGAUCCAUUGUUGAAAAAUUUUGGGUUCAAGAGGUGGCCUUAUUCUGCGAGCAUUACUUUGAUAACAACUCAGGCACUCGUAUUAACCCUCACGUCAGAAAUGAAGUUGGGGCUAAUAUGUUAGUCAUAGGGGAAGCUUCAAAUGAUUUUGAAAUGUUGUCUGUUUUCAAGCACCCGGUCAGGAAUUUUAGUCGUCUGACCAACCAUGUGUUGUCAGAUGAAGAACUUCAUCAUGUUCAUAGCUAUGUUUUGUUCAAUACUCCAGAAGUGCAGCCAUAUAUCACUCAUUUUGAGAAUCUUACACGACAGUCGUCCCCAAGGCUGAAUGAUUCUGAUGUUGCUAAACACAGAAUGACACAUUUUGCUACGUGGUUUGAGUUAAUGGCGAAGGAAUCUCCUCAUAAUUUCACCUCACAGCUUAUUGAGCUCUCUCAGUGGCCCAAGAAGAAGGCCAAAUCAUACGGGGGAUCAUAUGUUAAUGGCUAUAAAUUCCAUACUAGAACGUACGGUGGGACUAAACGUACUUCAAAUUGGGGAGUGUGUGUACUUGGACAAACAUCCGAGGCCGAUCAUUAUGAUUUUUAUGGAAUGGUUGAUGAAAUUUGGGAAUUGUUUUACAAAAAAAACAAAGUCACCAUUUUCAAAGGGACGUGGUUUGAUCCGACUAGUGGUGUACGAAUUCAUGAACCAUCAGGAGUUGUUGACGUUCGUCACACAUCACGAUUACAUCCUGAGGAUCCAUUCAUUUUAGCUAGUCAAGCGCAACAAGUCUACUAUGUCUCAUAUCCAACUGAGGGUUUAAGGGAUUGGCUCGCAGUAAUUAAAAAUAAACCAAGGCAUUUGAUCGAGGUGGACACGGGUACAUCUAAUGACCAGACGAGUUUGUUUGAUGUAGAAGCUGAUCAAGAUGACUUUGUUGUGGAAGAUGCACAGAUUCAAGAUGAUCCUGAAUUUGAUGGUACUGACCUUCUGGUGAACUUUGGAACUGCUCCACAAAUUGUUAUUGAGGGUGAUGAUGAUGAAAUUCUGGAUGAUGUGGAGGAAGACAUACCAAAUUAUAUAUGACUCCAUAUGCCACUUUACUACGUGUGAUCUAUCGUAUUUAUAGCACUAAUAAAAACGAAACAUCACUUAAUAUGUGUGUCUAUUUGUUUAAUUGUUGCAUAUUUAAGUUUGAAUCGUUUUUAAACAUUAACAGUUUCGUUCUCGAUUUUUUAAAAUAAUAUGUCUCUAUAAUUGUUAAAG